AUGUCAGAGAAGAAUUCUUCGACUACACCAAAAAUUACUAAAUAUGACGAUGAUUUUAAAACUGGUAAAUUCACCAAAGAGGAAUCUGAUAAAAUCAAGAAAGCUGUUGAUGAUUUCAUUUCCGAGAACUACAACUGUCCCAGGGAGGCAGCCCUGAAGAGGCUGAUAAGAAAAAGAGGGAAUGUACCUUCACCACUUAUUUACAUAGCCCAAGAAACUCUACCAAACCGACAUCCUAGAUCUGUUUACAACUUCUUCAGAAGGCAUAUUCUCUACAACAAGACUGGGAAGUGGACCAAUGAGGAGUUGUUCGCCCUUCUCAAGACUUAUUUUCUGAAUGAAGAGUCUGGAAUUAAUUCUUGGAAGUCAGUAACUAAACAAUUAAAGAGGAGCCCAGAGCAAAUCCAUGACAAAUUUCGCGAGAUCAAACAUUAUAUCAGCAAGUUUAGGUCUGUUGUUCAGAAUUCUGAACUUUCGGAAGCUGAUAAGAUUUCUAGGAUAGGGAAAAUGACCAAAGGAACCACAAAAGGCUCGACAAAGAAGGGGAGUAAGGCUUCUCUGGAUGUGACGCCGGAUUUUCAGCAGAAACUUUACGACCUCGUAAGGGAGAUUAUGAGCAAGGAUACGAAUUUGUCACUGGAAAACGUCCCCUGGGCCAGAGUUCAGAGCAAUUUCCCACAACACUCUAUCACUAGGCUCAGAAUACACUUCAAUAUGACUAUUUUGCCUAAGGUCUACUCCACACUUUACCCAGGUUUCAAUCCUACGAUGGUUUCCCGGAUAUGUUUCAGAUGGAUGCGUAAGCUCCUAAAGAGACCUAAUUCCAGCAACUUAAAGUUUCUCAGCGAGGUUGACUUUAAGAGCAAGUUCCCUCAAGUCCCUCUCAUGUACAUUAGAUACUGCAUCAGGAGAACCCUGAUUCGCAUGGUUCGCAAGUUCAAGUUCCAAGUUAUGAACCAAGAAACACUCAGUGAGAGUGUCGGAAAUCUUGACCUCGAAGUAUUACAAAAAAUACCUUCCGAUUCUGUGGAAGGGAUUUUCUCAAGAAGGGAGUUUAAUUUACUCGUUAAGUUCACGUACACUGACUUGGAGGUCAAGCGGUGGAAAAAACACGACAAGGAAAUUUUAAAAAAAAUCAAAAAUGAUAUUUUGCCCUUGUGCAAAUUAUGUUGA